GGCGCAGUCAAGCUGUUCCUAUCCAAGAGCUGAACCUGUAGAUCGCCUGCUAGUCCAGCGGCGACGCUAUUGCAGUGCACGAUGAUGCGGUAAGAUUUGAUCGUGCCCGAGUGGCAUAAAAGCAACAAGACCGCGUCCACGACGCACCCAUUGACCAUACAAGAACAACAUGACAGACUCAGCAGAACGUUCGAAUCUUGCUCCUCUCUCACGUCCACCUUCAUACAGCGCGAUAGACACAUCACCGCACAUCGUCAACGACUCCCCUCCCUUCUUCGAACUCCACCACCCCACAGCAACAGCCAGCAUCCAAGUCCUCCAAAACGACACCGUACUCUUCUACGCCGCCUCCUACAACCUCAAAGACGUCUCCGACAUCAUACUGUACGCAGGCUACGACUCAAAAGGCCCCCAACUCGCCCUCUUACAGCUCAUACCCUUCACCAAAGACCUGAAAAUCUACGUCGGCGGGCUCAAACAUCCCGUAGGCGACGACUGGGAUCUUGUUCGCUGUGCCGAAAGUGGCAACAAGAUCUUCCACCGCAGUCCCAUUCACCGCUUCGAAAGCUACAGCCUGGGUCCCGACGGCCAACGCGUGAAAGAGAAGCUCCAUUGGCAAAAGACGCAUGAUCGCAAACUCGGGGCAUCGAAGCUAUCGCGCUCAGAUUACAAACUCGUGGAUGAGAUCACGGAAGAGGUCGUAGCGGUAUAUGUCGAUUGUUCGAUGCGGUUGGGAACACAGAAAGGGACGAUUAGAUAUGUCAAGAAGCUGGGCGAAAUGGCCGAGAUGGCGGCGUUGAUGGCUUUGUUGGGUUUGCUGGAGCGGUCUCGAAGGCACUCUCAAGCUAUCGCUCCAUCUUUUGUGCGGUGA